UCAUUAUGUCUGCGCAGAACUCGGCGGGCAUCCAGACCCUCCUGGAGGCUGAGAAAGACGCCUCCAAGAUCGUCCAGAAGGCACGAGAAUAUCGGACGAAGCGCGUCAAGGAGGCUCGUGACGAGGCCAGGAAGGAAAUAGACCAGUACAAGUCGAACAAGGAAGAGGAAUACAAGAAGUUCGAGGCCGAGCACUCACAAGGAAAUAAGAAAGCCGAGGAAGAAGCAAAUAAGGAGGCCGAGGAGAAGAUCAAGGAGAUCAAGGAGUCGGGCAAGAAGAACCAGGACAAGGUCGUCAAGGACCUGCUGACUGCUGUAUUCGAGGUCAAGCCUGUGGCUCCUACAUCGGCGUGAUUGCUGGGCUGGUGUUAAGAAAAGGACGACUGGAGUGCACCAGGGAGGUCGUGGAGGCGGGGUCAGAGGCAACUUGUCGCCCUCAAGGAGCGGCUGAUCUCUGGAGAAAGGUAGAAACAUACGGGGAGCUGUGUGUAUGGAGUACCGUAAAACUCGGAAGGCGAGCGACAUAUAGAUCUAUGGUUUGAAUUGCAAUAUGUUGUG